AUGUGAGAUCUCGCAUUAAUUAAUGCGUAAAAUAAUCAGAUUGUAAGAGAACUGCCCGCCCUCUUUUCAUUAGUUUUUCUACGUUUUUUCGGACUGCGAGUAGUUCUUACGACAUAUAAAUACUAACGUUUAAAGUAAUACCAAUACUUCCCGUGAGUUUUCAUACCCGUGCGAUGGGUUUCGGAGAUGUUGUUGAAAAGUUUGGAAGGAUAGAAAAUAAAAGCAUCGCAGAUAGAGUAGAAUGUGUACUUGAUACAUGUGUUAGAAAGGAUGGUGUUAGAUAUUAUAAAGUUGCCUGGAGAGAUACAUGGGAAAGAGAAGAUCUCCUGGUUGCAUGUGAAAGUGUUAUAAAAGAAUUUUGGGAUAAUUUAGAAAAGGAUAAAAGUAUAAACUCAAAAAGCAGCCUACCAAAUUAUAAAUAUAAUGUUACAUCUGGUCGUCGAAAAAGCCACCCAAAAAAAUUUAUUGGUUCUGAAAAUGGUCAACAAACAUUCAAAGACUAUUCGAAUGAAGCGCUAGUAGUUGAUAUACCAGAAUGUCGACCUGUUGACGAGUAUCCAGUUUUGAUUAUUAGAGAUUCAGAUGUCUAUGCUGAGCCUAUAACAGGAAAACAAGCAAAUGGUGAGAAAGCUGCAUUGCCACAGAGUCAAGCUACAUUGCCUUCAUUUUCGGACAAAUUUAAAUGGUCUUAUGAGUAUCCACUUAAAAAGUGUGAUCAGCUUCCACGCUUGAUGUGUCAUUCUACAGAAAAGACAUUUAAUCACAUAGAGAAAUCUGUGCAUACAAAAACUGAGGAUUUAACAUCACUUAGGAUGACAGUAAUAAAUUUAAAUAACAAAUUACAACCAUCAUCUAUGUCUUAUGACUUAGACAACAGUUCUAUUAUUGAUCAACCUAAUAUUUGUGAAGACAGGACUAAAUAUCUAUUAAGAAAUAGUACUUCAAAUUCAUAUAUUAGUGAAAACAAUACACUAAAAAAAAAUGAAGAUAAAGAUGUUUAUUCUGAUAAUUCAAAACCUACAUCACAUUUACUUCUAAAGUUAUCUUCUACUCCUCCUCAUCUGUCAGCUGAUAAAACUUCCUCACAAGUAUUUCCUGUUUUUAAAGCAUCAAAUGGAGAGGGUAAGCGAAGUAUAGCUUUACCCAAAAAUGGAACAAAACCUGUUAAUGCUCCUCUUCAUGUUGUAAAUGAAAAUGGGGAGCAACGACCUCAAUGUGCUGAGUGUUUUCAAACUUUUAAAAAACGUGCUGCUCUAGAGAGGCAUAUGAUGAUUCAUAGGGGAAUAAAACCUUUCCAAUGUCAAUUUUGCAGCCAAAAAUUUCGUCAAAAACACCAUCUCCAAGGUCAUGUAAUGUUACACACAGGUGAGCGACCUCAUUCAUGUACCUUAUGUAACAAAAAAUUUAGAAUGCGACACCAUUUACUUGAACAUGAACGUAUUUCACACAAAGUCUUUCGAUAAAU